AGUAAUGGAAAGAAACUUUAAAGUCCUGCCAUUGUCUCUUUAUUUUAAAGACUGAGGGAUGAGCUGCAGGCUACGGGUGCUGUCAUCAGUAAGAAAAUCAAGCAGCCCUACUGUCUUUUUGUAAGACACAACGUUCGGUUGCAGUCAGUGCAGUUUCUUCAGGAUGUCCCUGUUCAAAGCACGGGACUGGUGGUCUACAACCGUUGGUGAAGAAGAAGAAUUUGAUUAUGGGUGCAUGUGCACUGCUAACGUGGACAACUGCAGCAGCGAAUAUGAUAAGAUAAUCAUAGGGAGUUUCCAUGGCACCCUGAGGAUUUUCAGCCCCUCCCCACCUAAGGCUGAGGACAAGGGGGUGAGCUUCAAACCGGAGGAUGUGCUGCUGGAGUCGCAGCUUAAUGCUCCUAUACUGCAUGUGGGAGUUGGCAAGUUUGUGUCAGGCACAGAGAAGCUUCACUUAGCCAUACUGCACCCCAGGAAGUUAUCAGUAUACAGUGUAUCAGCGGUAUCAGGAGCAGUUCAGCAUGGCAGCCAGUAUCAAUUCGUGCUUGUGUAUGAACACAACCUGCAGAGAACUGCCUACAGCUUCUGCUUUGGGCCAUUUGGUGGGGUCAAAGGUAAAGAUUUCAUCUGUGUCCAGUCCAUGGAUGGGACGGUUGCAUUGUUUGAGCAGGAGUCCUUUGCAUUCAGCCGUUUCCUGCCAGGGGCCGUGUUACCUGGGCCUCUUAAGUACAUCCCCCAAACUGACAGCUUUGUGACUGUGUCCUCCAACAGAUACCUCGAGUGCUACAAAUAUCAGACUUUGGCCGUAUCAACAGAUGGUCCUAAAGAGGAGUCCCAGAGCAUCAAGUCAGGCAAACGAUUAACCUGUGAUUGGGCGUUCAAUAUAGGAGAACAGGCCCGUAAUAUAGCUGUGAUAACUCUAAGUCAGAAUACACCAGCCGUGCUUGUAUUAGGAGAGAGAAGCAUACUGUGUGUGACAGACACAGGGAAACUGAAGUUUGCAAAGAAGCUGGAUUAUAGUGCUACCUGCUUGUGCGCUUACGCUGUAAAAGAGAACUCUAUCAGUUACCUGGUGGGCACUCAGACUGGCUCAGUACGUGUGUACCAAGACACCACCCUGAAGUGGGCGGCUACUAUGCAGCAUGUGGCAGUGCACCUGGAGGUGGCUACAUUCAGAGACCUGAAGGGUGUGAUCGUGAGUCUAAGUGACUGGGGCAGACUGGAGUGUUCUUAUCUGGGUACAGAUCCGGCCAUCUUUGUCCCACCGACAUCCGAGUCACGGGAAGUGAACUACACAGACAUGGAUAAAGAGAUGAUACAGCUACAGAGACAGAUUAAGGAAAAAUCUCACAAGACAAAUGUCCUGCCUUCUGUGUCGUCAGAAGAUGAUCUCAUCGUCAUGGCAACAACAAACCCAGAGCUGGACCAACCAUCAGUAGCCUCGGGUGUUGAAGUUCAAGAUGAUAUUUCUAUUCCCUCCAUAUCAGUAAAGAUCCAGUUUAAAUCAAAGAUUCUCAUAGAAAAUAUCAAAGUUGUCAUAGAAGUCUCCUGGCCCUUGGUGAUGAACCAAUCAGAAUUCUCCAUUCAUAGCAUUGAACCCACAAAGAGUGUGGAGAAGAUGGUGUCGGUGUUCCAGAGAGGUAAUUCCCUCCCGUCUGAUCUAACAGGUCACAUCAUGGCCAAAUACAAAAGUUCUUCAGGUGCACCUCGUGUCACCACCUCAACGUUUCGUCUGCCACUUAAGUUGGUGGUUAAACCUGUGGUACCCGUGAAGACAGCUGAGUAUAAAAUCACUAUCGAUACCAACAAGCCACCUGCAAACCUCAACGACAUCUUCCCAGACUUACUGGGGGAGAAUGCUGGGGGACCAGGUGCUGCCCUGGGUUUUCAGUAUUACGGAGGACCUCUUGUGACUUUGUUAGCCUCUAAAACAUCACAGAGGUACAGACUACAGUGUGAUAAUUUUGAGUCCAUGUGGCUAAUCACCACGGAGCUGGUAAAUCGGCUGACCAAUCAUUUUAACCGUGGGACAUCACAGGACUUCAAGGCCUCAUUUUCUGGUGCUAUCCCACUGAUGGAGUAUUUUGAGGUCGUUGACAGACAUUUUGAGUGUCGGUUGGAAGCUGAACACUGUAAGGAGAUGCUAGACCAGAGGGCAUCCCAGUUCCGGGCCAUACAGAGGCGUCUGCUCACCAGGUUCAAGGACAAGACCCCUGCCCCACUAGCCAACCUGGACACGUUACUGGACGGUACCUACAGACAGAUUGUGGCUCUGGGGGAUGCCAUAGAUGACAAGCGGUUAGAACAAAGACGAGCAGCCAACCUGCUGAGCUGUGCGACUAGGCUUCUGAAUCUUCUGCUGAAACUCUGGCUAGAGCUGACGGACAAGGAGAUGGUUGUGCUAGAGAGCUGCCUGACACCUGUCAUCACAGAAAGCGAGGAACAGGGCUGGGAGGAGAGUGUGGACUCUACAGUGACCCACAUGCUGCGGACUGUGCUAGCUAAGAGUUCCAAGGACACUACCGUCAACCCAAGUCCCAUGGGUCUGCCUCCAGACACCACCAAGCUGAAGAAACAUGUGGCGUUAUUGUGUGACCGCCUGGGGAAAGGAGCCAGACUGGUGGCUGGUGGACAAGGUGACCCCUUGGCAGGUAAGGAGAGAAGUCGACUGACAAGGACUGUGGAAGCAAACGGGAACACAGAAGAAUACUCUGAGAUAUCUAACCCCGACCAGUACCUGGGCAAACAGAAAAAACAAAGCAAAAAGAGUAAACACAGAGAGUUAGCUCCCCUGAAUGGGCCUGGACUGCCACCUGCCUUGGAGCAGCACAAUCCAUUGUCAGCAGGUUUCCAUGAUCUCAAGAGGCAGAAGGACAUAGAGAAACUAGUUCCAGACCUCGACGAUUUAGGGCCUGUGGUGGACCAAGGUGGUUCUGAAGAUAUAAUCAAUGGGAGACAGAACAGGGAGAUGCUGUCAUUAUGAGGUCUGCAGGCCAGGUAGGUUCAACCCGUUCCCACUUUUGGCACACCCAUAUCUGCACUCCAGAGACGAUCAACACCACCCAGUCACCUGAACACUUCUUCAGGAGUCAGUCCUAAGUCAAGGAGGGGAUUUGUCCGUCCGUUGUAAACAGUCUGUGAUCAUCAUUGUCUAUCAUCAUUGGGCUCAUGUGUGACUACUCAGCUUUUCCCACCUUCACAUGCCAGUUCUCUGCUGUUGUGCAUCAGUGCUGGUGAAUUGUUUUUUUCCUUUACGAGCAACAGAUCUACAGAAACAAUGACGUAUUACAGAAAAGAGUAAAUAUAUUGGAACAGUUUGUUUCUUAAUUAGAAAGCAAUGUUACCCACUGAGCAGUGAACACGGUUACAUCUGUGUAAGGGGUGUUGGAAGGCGUACACAUAUCUCCAUGCUUCAGGCAUUCUCACUCAGACAUGUUUUGUUAGAGGUCUUUAAUGUAUUUGUGUGUAUGUAUAUGAUUGUACUGUUAACAAGCCUUGAAUGUAUACUUUGGUUGGCUCACUGAGUGAAAUUUUUGUGAAAUUUGGGAGAGUUUGUUAGUUACAGUACUUCAUACUCAAGGUUGCAAAUUUCCUCUAUGCAGUCAACUUUCUUCUCGGCACACAGCUAUCCUCUAGACACUUAGCUUUCCUCUAGGCACUCAGCUUUCCUUUAGGCACUCAGCUUUCCUCUAGGCACUUAGCUUUCCUCU